AUGACUCGUAUAAUUUGGGACAAGAUCAAGAAUAACUUGAUUUUCCCAUAUGUCCAACUUGAAAUCAAAUAUUAUGAUUUAGGAAUUCAAAACCGUGACGCCACCAAUGAUCAAGUGACCAUAGAUGCUGCUGAGGCGAUCAAGAAAUAUAAUGUAGGCAUAAAGUGCGCAACAAUCACACCAGAUGAACAGAGAGUUAAAGAAUUCAACCUUAAAAAAAUGUGGAGAUCUCCAAAUGGAACAAUUCGUAAUAUCCUGAAUGGCGUCGUAUUUCGUGAGCCAAUUCUAUUGAAGAGUGUUCCGCGUGUAGUUCCCAACUGGACUAAACCCAUAAUUAUUGGAAGACAUGCAUUCGGAGAUCAGUAUAGAGCUACAGAAAUAAUUAUCGAUCGCCCUGGUAAACUUAAACUGCUUUUCGAACCCAGUGAUGAUACCAACCAACAGAGUGAAUUAGUAUAUGAAUUCUUGUCUCCUGGAGUUUCCAUGGCUAUGUUCAACACUGAUGAGUCUAUCACAGGUUUUGCUCAUAGCAGUUUUCAAAUGGCCUUGAAAGUGGAAAUGCCUUUGUAUUUAAGUACCAAAAAUACUAUUUUGAAAAAGUAUGACGGACGAUUUAAAGAUAUUUUUCAAGAAAUAUUUGAAAGGGAUUAUAAAGGCAAAUUUGAAGCAAAGAAUAUAUGGUAUGAGCAUAGACUCAUAGAUGACAUGGUCGCUCAAGCUCUUAAAUCAAGCGGUGGAUUUGUAUGGGCGACCAAGAAUUAUGACGGUGAUGUACAGUCCGAUAUUUUGGCCCAAGGAUAUGGGUCAUUGGGUUUAAUGACCAGCGUGCUAGUUACACCUGAUGGCAAGACUAUGGAAGCAGAGGCCGCUCAUGGUACGGUAACAAGGCAUUAUCGCCAACAUCAGCAAGGCAAAGAAACGUCUACAAAUCCAAUUGCAUCGAUAUUUGCCUGGACACGUGGUCUAGCACAUAGAGCAACAUUGGAUGGCCAUCAAGAGCUAUUAAAAUUUUCUCAAGAUUUGGAGAGAGCGUGCAUUGAAACCGUAGAUGGUAGCGGUAAAAUGACAAAGGACCUUGCAUUGUCACUCCAUGGCAGCAACCUCAAACGUGAACACUACGUCACCACUGAUGAGUUUCUGGACCAUAUUUCGAACAAUUUGAAGUAUAUCAUUUCUUUGAAAGAAAUGUCUAGAUUUUCGUCUUUUGUUUUAAAACCUUCUCACCUUACAUCGUGUGUAAGGAACGCCUCAUCUAACAUGAGUCGUAGUUUUUCCUCACGCACAAUGCCUUCAUUCCUUAAUUCUCAGAGUGUCUUAAAAAACACGAAGAGAAUCACUUUAUCACAACGAAAUAAGUUUUUUAUUUCUUCUUCAACACUUAAACAAGGUAUUGGCAAUUCUAGCACGAGGCCUACUGCCGAUAAGUCUAAAACCACUAAGUCGUUAGCAGGAAACGAUAGAAUUUAUCAACGGCCAUCAACUGUCGAUAUUCCGAAAAUACGCCCCAAUAUUACUGCAAUUCGAAAUUUACCUACAGCAACUGCUCGGGUUAAUGAAAUUGUUACAUCACCAGCCUUGACCAAUGGGGAACAACAUUUAACAGAAGAUGAAGGACAAAGAAUAAAUGAAAUUAAAAAUGCAAAACUCAUAUUUAAUCAGGCUUGGAAAAAUGUUGAGGACGCAUAUGGUCGAGAAAAUCUUUGUCUUCCAAGAGAGAUUAUUUGGUUAAUGGGUGCGCCUGGUAGCGGCAAAGGGACGCAUACAGAUUUGAUUUUAAAAGCGCGUGGUAUUACCAAUCCUGCGAUCUGCAUGUCGGCUCUUUUAACAACGCCAGAUUGUCAAGAGUUAAUAAAUAAGGGCAAAAUGAUUAGUGAUGGAAAGGUUCUUGAGAAUUUGUUACGUGCACUUCUUGAUUGUGAUCCAACAGUGGGUUGCCUUGUGGAUGGGUUCCCUCGUACAGAUAUUCAAGUGGAAUGUCUGAAACUUCUUUAUGAUAAGAUGCAUGAAUUGCGUCGAGAUUUCUGGGGAACUCCAUUACAAGAUAAAUUCCCCCGUCCAACUUUUCGUAUCUGUGUGUUAUACGUUGACGAAGAAGUUUCUGUCACUCGCCAAGUGCAGCGAGGACUACAAAUCAGAGAACAUAAUGCUGUAGUUCGACGAACGGGACAGGGAGAGCUUAUGGAAGAGCGAGUUACGGAUUAUGAUGAAUUGUUGAUUAGAGCACGUUAUCAAAUAUUCAGGGAACAUUUUGGAGCUUUGAUGAAGCUUGGAAAACUUUUCCCUUUCCAUCUCAUCAAUGCCAUUGGAUCGAUUGAAGAGGUUAUGCGAUUGAUUCUAAAAGAAUUUGAGUACCAAAGUUCUCUCGAACUUGAUCAAAAGACCUACGAUUCAAUCGCACAUAUCCCAAUCGCAACAAAAAUCGGUGUUCAUGCUCGACAAGAUUUAAUUAGUCGACUUGAACAUUACCAAGAUACUGAACCAGGACUUUUUAUGAAAGCAAUCGAGUUCGUUGACAAUAAUGUUAUCCCAACGGUUCAACGCCACGCUAUCAGCGGACAAGCUCUUAUUCGAACAACUUCUCACCAACUUGAAAAUCAACAUCUUGUUGACAUGAUCAUGGACGUUCUUUCAGAACGGGGAUACCAUGUAAUGUUUGAUGACCGUGUUCGAGAAACACCUGUGAGGAUUAAUCCUGAUACGUGGGAAAUUAUCCUUGAAAAGUAG